AUGGUUAUCAGUGCUCCAUUCAACAGCCUGACGGCUGAGAACCAAAUCGCAGUUGGCUCUGCUUCAGUUGUUUACAAUGUCAACAACAUUGUUGCUUUCAAGUGCCCUAUCCAGUUUGACACCUCCAGGGCUCAACGAGGCGAGCGGCUUACUGCAUUUUUACGGCGCCAGAGUGAGGCCUCCACAACAGCAUUGGAAAAUGAAAAGGCACUAUUCACUCUCCUAGAGAAAUCACCUCAUCCAAAUGUUGUUCGCUGUGCCUUUAUUGCUGAAGAAGGAAUCUUUCUUGAGCACUUGGCCACGCCAUUGAAUACCUAUCUCGAAUCUCAGGAGAUAGUCCCACAACCUCUUAAAGCUCGUUGGGUGCUUGAGCUUACUAGCGCUGCUGCUUGGAUUGAGAAACUUGGAUUUGUGCAUGGGGACCUACGGCCUGAGAACAUCUUACUGACGGCAAAGCUUCACCUAAAACUCAUUGAUUUCGACUGUGCAGUUGCACGCGGAGAGGAACUACACAGCUUCGUUGAGCCAUACUGGCAGGAUAAGUCCGAUGGUAGUCUAGGAAAAGCAGGGCCUAAGAGCGAGCAAUUUGCUCUUGGGUCAUGUUUGUAUUUCAUCUUUUACGAAGCGGAACCUGAGGUCGAUAUCAUCGAUGGUCAGCUUGCUUUUCCAGACAUUUCUUCAACCGGCUUCGGGUCCCUUAUCAUAAAGUGCUGGGAUGGACGGUUUCAUUCCAUUCGAAAACUCGCUUUAUCUGCGCUCUGGACCGUGGCUAAAGCGGGCUAUGUCCGUGUCCUGCUUAAGUUCCUUUACUCGCGCUCAAUUGGUUUCAAGAAGUCGAGGACUACUUCUGGAAAAUUAGGCCCCCUAAGAAGAUUCUGUGAGGACUACCUGGACGACCAGCGAAGGAACCAUAUGCCCCCUUGUGUGGUUCAAACUCAACCCAUUGAUAUCAGGCGCGCUUGA